UUUUAGACUUUCUGUUAUAUUUUUCAAUGCGGCGGUAUUUUAAAAUUAUAAUAAAAUUCAUACUUUCUUAAAUCUUUCGACACUACAUAACCGAUAUUUAUAAAUUGAUAGGGGGUAGAUCAAAAGAUUUUGCGAUCUACGGGGCCCACCAAGAAGAUCCUUAGCUCGAACCUUUAAAACUAGCUAGAGAAAUGCUGUCAGCAGCUAAACGAACGACCAAGGGCCGUCAAUCUUUUAUGCAAUUUCAUUUGCUCUAUAAUUUAUGGGGUUGUAAGUGUAAAACGCGAUUUAUUUGCCGGCCGCAACGAAACCUGACUUCGGGCUGCUCAACGCUGACGCUGGACAACACUUUCAAGUGCUAUGAGCUGGAGAAGGGCCCACCCACGGAUGUUGAGCUGUCGCGUGAAGAUGCAUUGAAAAUGUACAAGCAAAUGGUGGAGGUGCGCCGCAUUGAGACCGUCGCUGGCAACUUGUACAAGGCGAAGCACAUACGUGGCUUCUGUCAUCUAUAUACUGGCCAGGAGGCCAUUGCCGUUGGCAUGUGCGCCGUGCUCCGUAAAAAGGAUAGCGUUAUUACAGCAUAUCGUGCCCAUGGCUGGUCCCAUCUGCUUGGCAUUUCGUCAUUGGGCCUAAUUGGUGAACUCGUCGGCGUUAAGGGCGGUUGCAGUCGCGGCAAGGGUGGCUCUAUGCAUACAUAUACGGAUAAUUUCUAUGGCGGCAAUGGCAUUGUUGGCGCCCAGGUGCCAAUGGGCGCUGGCGUUGCGCUGGCUCAUCGCUAUCGUGGCGAUGGCGGCGUUUGUGUAACAUGCUAUGGCGACGGUGCGGCCAAUCAAGGUCAGGUGUAUGAGGCCUACAACAUGGCCAAGCUAUGGUGCCUGCCCUGCAUCUUCGUCUGUGAGAAUAAUCACUAUGGCAUGGGCACUUCCGUGGAGCGGCAUGCGGCCCUAACAGAUUUCUAUAUGCGUGGGCAAUAUAUACCCGGCCUCUGGGUCGAUGGCAACCAGGUGCUGGCCGUGCGCAGUGCUACACAAUUUGCCAUUGAUUAUGUGCAGAAACACGGACCCAUUGUUCUGGAGAUGUACACGUACCGCUUCGAGGGACACUCCAUGUCCGAUCCGGGUACGGCAUAUCGUUCGCGAGAAGAAGUCAAAAAGGUGCGCUCGGAACGGGAUCCCAUCGACAGUUUCCGGAAGCAAAUAAUUGCACUAUGCUUGGCCGAUGAGGAGGAGCUGAAGAAGAUCGAUGCUGCGGUCCGCAAAGAAAUCGAUGGGGUAUCCAAAAAGGUGCUGGCCGAUCGCGAAGUCGGUCUGGAAGAGCUCGUCGCCGAUAUCUAUUCUAAAAAUAUGGAACCAAAAAUACGCGGCGUCUCCGGCUAUACGCUCGACCACAAACGCAUCUCGGAGGUUUGCUUUGGCAAGCCCAAACGUACGCCACCUGAGGAGAUCAAUAAUGUGCCCGUCGGUGAUGCAGCACUUCUGGCCGCCCAGAUGAAGGCAAAGCAGGAGCAGGACGCCAAGAAAUCCAAAGAAAAUCCAAAAGCGUCCGGUGAUGUUAAAAAUGACGCUAAGCCAGCGGCUGAUGCUAAAAAGGAUGCUAAGCCAGCGGCUGAUGCUAAAAAGAAUGAUAAGCCGGCAGCAGGGGAAGGUGUUGCUAAAAAAUCGGAUAAGCCACCAACUGCUGCGCCACCAACUGCUGCACCACCAGCAGCUGCCCCGCCGCCGAAAGUCGGAGAUACGCCGAAAGAUGGCGAUAAGCCGAAAAGCGAUGACCAGCCAAAAGCCUGAAUGCCAUAAAAUACAUGAUCAUCAAAAUUAGAAGGGAGAAUUCGAACUUCCAAGUUAGUCCAGUCAGUAGGAAGCAAUAAAUAUUGGCAACAGAAGCUGUAUCAGCUUUGUGCUUUUAACAAACUUAACGAAUAAAUGAACAACACCUUUGCCAGCUA